CAACAUCAUCCUCGAGCAAUGUCUAGCUUCGACAAGACAGUCAAGCUAGCCUGUAAACCAAAGGCCGCCCCUCCAAAGGCAAAGUACCUAGAUCCCAUCAUUGCAGCUACUUGGUCUGAAGACGGGGCUGUCCAUGAUGUUUGCAAAGCGCUCGUUCCCCGCCUUCGCGAACCCAAUGCCAUCGUUGUGUUCAAGGCACUGAUCGUGCUCCACACCAUGAUUCGCAAUGGAGCGACAGACAACGUCUUGUCUCAUCUAUCUUCGUCGGAAGUUCUCCGUCUGAAAAAUGUCUCCGCAGGUAACUGGGAAGGAUACCACGCUCCCCAGAAUCUCCAGCACUAUGCAGUUUAUUUGGACUCUCGCAUACACGCAUAUCGUGAUUUGAAGCACGAUGCGAUUCGUGUUCAAGCAGAGUCUAAUCGUGACAUGCGCGUCAACAGUUCUAUCGAAGAGGAUAUGGCAUACACCAGUGCCCCAAAGUCAGCAUCCACAAAGUCCAAGGGUCCUCAGAGGAGUAAAACCAUCAUGGGAAGGAAAUUGCGGGUCAUGACUGUGGACAAGGGCCUACUCCGUGAGACCAAGACCGUGCAAACAAUGAUUGACACCCUGGUGGAGUGCAGGUUCUAUCUUGACGAUUUGGAAGAUGAAUUGACAAUAACUGCGCUACGGAUGCUCGUCAAGGAUUUACUUAUUCUUUUCCAGGCUGGCAAUGAAGGCGUCAUCAAUGUAUUAGAACACUAUUUCGAGAUGACAAAGGUUGACGCCGAGCAGGCCCUGUCCAUAUAUCGACACUUCUGCACUCAGACAGAGCGAGUGGUGGAGUACUUGGGCGUCGCCAAGAAAUUGCAGAAUUUACUAAAUGUUUCAAUCCCGACCCUGAAGCAUGCUCCUGUAUCAUUGGCGGGUGCACUCCAAGAAUACCUGAACGACCCCAAUUUCGAGCAGAACAGAAUUGAGUACAGGACAAAUAAAGAAGCUGCUGACAAGAACGGCAGAAGUCGCAGUGGGACUCCAUCUUCAGCGCCUAAAGCUUCAUCGUCACAAGCGACGCCAUCCACAUCUACUGCAUCCACAUCUGCCCCAUCAAAUAGGUCAUCCACUCAAGCUUCCAACCCCGCACCCAAACCUGAAGCUAGUCGGGCUAUGGACGACUUCUUUGCUUCUAUCGAGGAAGAUAAACCCACCAGGAUCAAUCCUACGAGUGGCAGCCCAACCUCCAAUUACCUCCGUCAACAGCCAGCACCCAAUCCUUUCGUUCAGCGACAAAUGACCGGUGCUUUCCAAGGUCAACCUUUCGGUUUCCCUGAUCAAAUUCAACCGCAAGCCACUGCCUUCCCUCAGUCCUUCCAGUCAGUUCAGCCCAACGCCUUUGGUAUGCAACCACCACCUUCUCAACAUCAACAUCGACCUUUCUCCACCUUCUUGCAACCACAAGCUACUGGAUUUGCGAUGCCACAAGGCGCAGGUUUCUUGCAGCCUCAAGCUACUGGAGCAAACCCGUUUAGACAAAGUAUGAUGCUGCAGGGGUCAGGCACGCCAGUUUUCAACUUUGCGGCAACCAAUGCCUUCUCGCCUCCAUCGCAGCCUAUUGGGCAAACAAACACACCGUUCCAGUUAAAUUCCCAGCCUCAGCCAUCUCAGCCAUCAUUUGCACAGUCAUCGAAUGGAUUUGCUAUGCAGGCACCUCCCUCGAGUACACCGUUUGGACAGAUCAAUGGGAUACGUACAUCAUUUGACGUCCCUACUCGGCCUGCGUCGACCCCCCUCACAACUUUUGGGGCAACACAGGCAUCUUCAACCUCGCCGCCAGUAGCACAACCUGUCAAAUCCCAUCAGACUGGUUCACGUAAUCCGUUCGGUGUGCCAAUCACACCAGCUCCGCCAGUGCCAAAGCCACCAACACUGAUGGAGCUGGCGAUGGGUAUCGGAAGCUCGAACAAUGUUCCCUCCGCUGAUUAUGCACCGCCUCAGACUCAACAGCCACAAAAGACGGGCUUUUUUGGAACGUCAGGCGGCGAGUCGUCGAUAUCGAGUGUUGCCUCGUCCUUUGCGUUCGGCCGGAAAUCAGAGGACAGUAAUUUUAGCCCUAGCGAGUUUGGACUACUCAACCCUGAAAGCUCAUCCUCCACCACGACUGCAUCAACUGCAUCGUCUUCCCUGUCUUCUUCUUUUUCGCCGCUGUCCACGCAACCUACUGGUGCCACCAUCACCUCUUCCACUCCUUCCAUCUCGGCUCCAGGUGGCCAGCUGAAGCCCCAAAUGACCGGAUUCAGUGGCAUCAAGCCAUUUAAACCGACGUCAUCUUUUGGGGCAUCGUUAUUGGAAUCACUGCCUCCAAUACCCCAGUCCGGUCCCACUACUCCCAGUGUCACUGGUACGCCUAGUAACCCGCCUUCCGCACCAGCCCCGAACGGGACAACUUCUCCUUUUGGCGUUUCAAGCAUCGGACAGCAGCCCACUGGUUUUGGAGCCUUUAAUGCACAGCCAGAUACAAGGCCCACGCUCGGGGUCGGUCUUAGACCCCAGGCAACCGGGGCAGCCGGUGGAGCUAACCCUUUCAGGGCUACGAUGUAUGGCACGUCUUCGCCAAGUGCCGGGGGCGGUUCUAUGCUAUCCACUAUGAGCUCGCUGCCACAGUUUGGCGCAAUCAACGGAUCCUCAUCCUUUGGAUCCAGUUAUGGAAGGGGUGCUUUUGGAUAUCCUGGUGCCCAGGAUCCCUCGCAGCAGCCUUUCCAGCAGCAAAGCGGGACAACGUCGCUUAUUUAGUCUUGCUCACGACUUAUUACUGUCUAAUUCACGCAUCUAUUCUUUGUCAAUUUUGUCUCCUAUCGCUAUCCCUCACUCAAGAUCCCCCCCACUAUCGUUUACGCUCACGGAUAUCACAUUGCCUGGACCUCCCAUUCAUUCCUUCUUAGCUUUCGUCUUUUGUAAUCUAGUAGUCGAGCUUGUACAAGCGUCUUGAAUACCAAUUUUUUGCUGAUGC